GGAGUCGCGUUCAGAGACCGCGUCCAGGUUGAGCAUGUUUCGAGGGGCGGUGCGGCUCUGCGCAGCCCGAGGCCACUUGGGCCGGGCGCUAAGCACACGCAGUGGAGGCUCGACUCUGGACUGGGCUGGAAAGGUGUCAGAAAUUAAGAAGAAGAUCCAGUCAGUUCUUCCUGGAGGGGCCUGGAAUCCACUGUAUGACACCAGCCACCUGCCCCCUGAACACUCGGAUGUGGUGAUUGUGGGGGGUGGGGUGCUUGGCCUAUCCGUGGCCUAUUGGCUGAAGAGGUUGGAGAAGCAACGAGGUGCCAUUCACGUGCUGGUGGUGGAACGGGACCACACGUAUUCCCGGGCCUCUACCGGGCUUUCUGUGGGCGGGAUCCGUCAGCAGUUUUCGUUGCCUGAGAACAUCCAGCUUUCCCUCUUUUCAGUCGACUUCCUACGGAACAUCAAUGAUUACCUGGCUGUAGUCGAUGACCCUCCCCUGGACCUCCGGUUCAACCCCUCAGGUUAUCUUUUGCUGGCUUCGGAAAAGGGUGCUGCGAUCAUGGAGAACAACGUGAAAGUGCAGAGGCAGGAAGGAGCCAAAGUGUGUCUGAUGUCUCCUGAGCAGCUGCGGAACAAGUUUCCCUGGAUAAACACAGAUGGCGUAGCCUUGGGGUCUUACGGGUUGGAGGGUGAAGGUUGGUUUGACCCCUGGUGUCUGCUCCAGGGGCUUCGGCGAAAGGUCCAGUCCAUGGGGGUCCUUUUCUGCCACGGAGAGGUGACACGUUUCGUCUCUUCAUCUAACCUCAUGGAGACCAUAAGUGGGGAAGAGGUGACUUUGAAAAGGAUCCAUGAGGUCCAUGUGAAGAUGGACCACAGCAUGGAGUACCAGCCUGUGGAGUGUGCCAUAGUAAUCAAUGCAGCAGGGGCCUGGUCGGGGCAAAUCGCAGAGCUGGCUGGUAUUGGGAAGGGGCCGCCUGGCACCCUACAGGGCACCAAGCUACCUGUGGAGCCGAGGAAAAGGUAUGUGUACUCAUGGCACUGCCCCCAGGGACCAGGCCUGGAGACGCCAUUCGUCGCAGACACCAGUGGCGCCUACUUCCGCCGGGAAGGAUUAGGCAACAACUACUUGGGUGGCUGUAGCCCCACUGAGGAGGAGGAACCGGACCCGGGGAACCUGGAAGUGGACCAUGAUUUCUUCCAGGACAAGGUGUGGCCCCCUUUGGCCCAGAGGGUACCAGCUUUUGAGAGUCUGAAGGUUCGGAGUGCUUGGGCUGGCUAUUACGACUACAACACCUUUGACCAGAAUGGCGUGGUGGGCCCCCAUCCACUGGUCGUCAACAUGUACUUUGCCACAGGCUUCAGUGGCCAUGGGCUCCAGCAGGCCCCCGCUGUGGGGCGAGCUGUGGCCGAGAUGGUACUAGAGGGCCACUUCCAGACCAUCGACCUGAGUCCCUUACUCUUUACCCGCUUUUACUUGGGAGAGAAGGUCCAAGAGCAUAAUAUCUUCUGAGCCUGUAAGCUCUGCACUGGCCCCAUAUCCCCAUCUGUCACCGCUGGCUCCAAUCCUGGCCCAUGUUCAAGGUCUCUGCAGCCAUGCCAAGGUCUCCUCCACUCUCCUCCUCUCAUCCAGGUGAUUCUGUCCCUGCGUGGCUGGGCAGGUGGGCAGACUGCAGGCUCUGAGGUUCUAUGCCUGAGACCCAGGCUGACAGAGGAGGGAGCAGGACCCUGGGAGUCAUCCCUGGCCCACGCUGAUGCUCCCCGCCAAGGCAGUCCAGCUGGACAGAGCAUCUCAGUGGUUUUAAGCACCAUGGCCCAGGAUUGGCUCCUUCCUGGUACCAACUCAGAAAGAUCACCUCUGCCCCUUUUUGCAUAUCCCUGCAGAGCCUAGGCAGGGAGCAUUCUGGUGCAGCCUGGCCCAAAUUU